CAGUUAAAUCAUUGCGUGCACCGACCUGCAAUGUUUUAAAAAUGGAACAAUUUUGCAAAGAAAUAAAAGAAAAGGCGUGUGUUGAUUAUGGAAAUAAAGAAAUACAGGAUAUUAUGAAAGCUGUUGAUAUCUUGAUGAACCGAUUUAUGGAUGAAUUCAAAAAAAAGUUUCCAGAGAUAAAGAUUGAACGUCUGGCGCUUUGUGGAAGUAUGGCUGAGAAAACCAGGAUCUGGCCUCUGUCUAAAGGAGGUUACCUUGAAUUUGACUACUUGGCAGUAGUGAAGUCAUUGCCAAGUUAUGGCGACUUCAUUUUCGAACAUAACCUAGAUGGAGAGAUUGAAGUUAAAUACGAAGUAAUUUAUUCAGAUUCUACAAGCGGCGAAUAUGUUAAUUUGAACAGGGAUAUAAAUUUAACAUUUGCCAAUGAUUUUCAUAAAUGCAUAACUGAAAAAUGUGAAGGAAACCUUUGUCAUUUAAGAUUAACAGGCAACAAAUUUGGCGACGAACGUUUACUAAACGGUUGUCCAUUUUGUUCUGUAUAUUUGACAUACGGCAAUUUAAAAUGCACACACUCAUUGCAAGAGCGAUAUAAAAGAAUCAGCUUUUUGUGGACAAACAAAAGCAAACCAUUACGAACUUCAUACGUAGGGAAUGAUGUAAAUGCAUUUGUCAACUCUUAUCACCUAAAUGUAUACGACAGAUCCGAUAUGGCUGCUACCCACGGAGAUACACUUCCACUUCACUGGGUGGAUGAAAAUGUUUCAGAAAUAUCUGUAUUAGUUGACUUUCAUCCUGUCUUAAAAUUAGACGUUGAGAAAGUCAUACAGAAAACAAAAAGGGGAAAAUAUCUAAGUAAAAAUGUGAUUUUAUUCCCCCGAACCGUCUUUUGUCAAUAUAAACUUUGGAGGAUGUAUCUAAAAAAAUUAUCAUUAAAAAAGGAAAGAUCCAAAAAGUACGAUCUUGCCCAUUUUAUUGUGAAACUUUUGAAUAUCUCGACAGUUAUGGUGUCCCCGGAUCUUCACAAUAACCUGACAUAUUUUCUUUUCCCGAAAAGUAUAAAGUUCGAAGAUCACAAAUGUUGGAGGAUCUCAACCUGUUUGACUGAGUUGGACUUUUUAAACAAAACAUCACUUGAACACAGGAAUGCCUUUAGUGUUUUGAAAUUCUUGAUGUCAACCUUAAGUUCUUUUCGUGAAAUGGUCUUUCCUGAUGUUGGCAAUUACGAAGUUAAAUUGGCACUGAUCCAGCAUAUCAAACAUUGCAAAUCACCAGACAUUGGCAUGCAUGUAUGUGUGUUGAAUGUUUUACAUGAUAUAGCGCUUUGUAAAGAAGGUUCUGCAUUGAUGGUCCAUCCCAUAUUAAAUCUGGAUUUGUACGAAAUGUUACAAAUAAAAUGUCAUAAGUCGUUUGAAAUAACAUUAUCUGUUAUAUGUCUCAAGGUACUGAUUCUGAUACUGGCACAUACUGGAUUAGCAUACAAUGUAACAGAUUUAUUCAAUGAUAUGAUGUCAAUAAAAUUGUUUUCGGAAGCAGUUUUAAUGGAAAGAUAUUCAAGAUCAAAUGAAAAUGUAUCACUCCACGGUGUUACUGGACUGUUACACGAAUUACUAGCGUUUGCUACCAGAAGAAAAAAGCAUGCUUCGAAUGAUGAAUUACAAAAAGUAUACACGUCACUGCAAAGACCGGAUCGUUAAAGUAAUUUUAAGAUUUUUAUCAUGAAGAAAAACCUAGUUGACCUGACAUGUUCUAAAGUCAUAUUGAUAAAUAUGCCGCAGGGAGGACAGAGAAUGGAUUCGGAGACUUUCCUGACAUUGUGUGAAUGAAAAGUAUAAAACUAAAUCAUUUGAUGACUCGUAGAUAUCAGUGUUAUAUGUUAUAUCAUGUGUGUUGCUAUAAAGUUUAAAGAAUAAAUCACUAGUGGGGCGAAUUGAUGGACCUUUGCUGUCAUUAACGACAUACAUAAUAUCUUCUAUCAUUACCAAGCAGAUUAGCAGAAUAUGUAGAGGUGCUCAUUUUGUUUCACAAACAAUGCUCAAUCCUGAUUCAAUGGUUUAUUAUAUACUACAAUUACUUGUUACAAAAGUUCUUUGCGUCCAGAGAAUUUUCUUACAGAUUUAUUUACAGAAUAGGUUUGGUUCAUAUAUAUUAAUCCCUCUUUCUAUUUUAGAGCUUUCAGUUGUCUCAUUUUAGGCAAAUCAUUUACACAGUAAUAAUUGAGCCGCGCCAUGAGAAAACCAACAUAGUGAGUUUGCGACCAGCAUGGAUCCAGACUG